UUUCUCUCUCUUUCCACAAUUACAUUUCUUUUAUUAUAUGCUUUAUAAUUGUAAGAUUCUUAGUAUCGAUCAAUUACUGUUUAUCACAUGUGACAUUUGUACAAGCAAAAUCAUACCAGUAGGACCAACCAGAUCAACAGUACAACAAAGACAGCAAGCUGCAAUAGGACCACCAGGCCAACUACAACAACAAUUACAACUGGAAAGGAAACAACAACCCUAUCAAGAUGACAUGAAUUAUUACUGCAAUCGUUGUUUAACUCAUCCUCCAAAACGAUACCAGUUUUCCCUACGAAUGACUGUUUUCUGCCCGAAUCAAGAUCAUCCUUUGGAACUGGCCAUGUAUGACGCCAAUGCUUCUCUUCUUUUUGGUUGUACUGCGUCUGACUAUAUCCAGAUGGUUAGAGAGGACAAAUCGUUGGAUGAACAACUGGAAGACUAUUUGACUGAAGCGACAUGGGAUAUCAAACUGAAAACAAAGAAAAAGAAAUCGCCAACUAAUAUCAUAGAAACUAUGACACCAAUUCAAAUCGAUGGACCUACUGAAUCUAUUAUACCCUUUUUACAAAAUAGAAAUACACAUUCUUCAACUCUUAGAUUAGAUACAUCCCUUUCUAAAUUCUUUUGAAUAAAAAUCAUAAUAUAUCAU